AAAAAAAUAAUAAAUUUUUCAUAAUUCUCUGGUCUCAAAAUGUUUUCUUCGUUUGCUGAUUGGUCGUCACAACAAUCGGCUGUGAAUACAACAACAACAACAACACAAAAAACAUCAAAUAAUCUUCCAACAACGGAUGUACAAUUUCAUCAAUUAACAAUUUCAUCAUCACCAUCAUUGGAUCGACAUCAUCAUCAUCAACAACAACAACAUCUUGAAUCAUUACCAGAAUUAUCAUUCUAUUCGAUUGGUUCUAAUACUACUACCACUAAUAAUACUCAAGGAAAUCAAAGAAAUUUUCAAUUUAUCAAAGAUAAUAAUCAAAUAUUAUCAUCAUCAUCAUCAUCAUUAACAUCGAAUAAUAUUCAACAGGUGUCAAUAUAUCCAACAAUACAAUUAUCAACUAUAACCGGAAAUCAAAAUAUUGAAGCAUUUGUUCAACAACAACAACAGCCAUAUUUAUCGUAUAAUCAUCAUCAAUUGCAAUCACAAUCAUCAUUGCCAUCCAUAGGUGCUAUUUCAUCAACAUCAACAACAAUUGUUCCAACAAAUCGUUUACGUUCAUUGAUACAACAACAACAAAACAAGUUAUCGUUAACAAAUCUUCAUCAUCAACAACAACAACAACAACAACAACAAUCACGACAACAAAAUCAACGUAUCAAUCAAACAAAUCAAUUGAAAUUAAAACAACAACGACGUACAACAAUACAUCGUCAAACGAUAACCAAUUCAAAUCAACAUUGGACAAUAAAUAGUUUAUGUUGUUGUUCAUUUAGUCAACGAUUUCCGCAUUCAUUUUAUCAACAUCAUCGUUAUAAAUUGGAUAGUCUUAUAAGACAUAAUAAUAGUUGUUUACCAUCAACUUCAUCAUCCGAUUCUUUAUCAUCAUCAUCAUCAAUAUCGGCUGCAACAUUAUCAUUAAAUCAAUUAAUUGCAGCUGAUUCUCGUCAACAACAACAACAAUCAAUAUCCGAUUCAUAUUCAUUUUCAAAUAUCAUAAUGGGACAAAAAUUUAGCAAUUUUAUGGGUACUAGCGGAAGUAGUAAUAGUAAUAAUAGUAGUAGUGGUGGUGGUGGUAAUGCUGCUAUUUUAAAUUCACAUACAGUAUCAGCAGCAGCAACAAUGGCACCUAUAGUCAAUGAUAUUGGAUCGAUGGUUAAUAAUUCAAAUAAUUUAAACAAAACUGUGAUGCGUGAUCAUCAUCAUAAUCAUCAACAAUCAUCACCAUUCCAUAGUACAUCACCAUCUCAUCAUAAUCAUUAUCAUCAAGAUGUUUCACCAUUUACACAUUCAUCAUCAAUACAAUCAGCUUCAUCUUCGGCAUCAUCAUCACCAUCAAUAUCGGGUGCUAAUUCACCAGCAUCAAUGUCACCAUUACAUAAUCAUAAUAAUCAUAAUCAUAAUCAUCAACAACAACCAAAUUCUAUACCGAUGAAUCAUGAUACAUCAUCAACAUAUCAUUUUUGUUCAAAUAAUGGUCAUUGUGCCUUAGAAGAACCGGAAAGGCCUGCUAGAUUAGAUUCAUUAUUAGAUAUGCCACCGGUAUCAUUACAGAUACAAAAACAACAUGGUUGGAAUGAAAAUGAUCGUUCAUUAAAUAUAAUUGUUGUUGAACAAGAUCCACGUAUUGUACAUCGUCAUCCUGUUGCACAAAGUACUGAUUGUGUACGUGGUCUAAUUGGUUAUACAAAAGGUUUACAUGUUUGGGAGAUUAAAUGGCCAUUAAGACAACGUGGAACACAUGCUGUUGUUGGUGUUGCAACCGCUGAAGCUGCCUUACAUUCAAAUGGUUAUCAUCCAUUAGUUGGUGCAACGGCCGAAUCAUGGGGUUGGGAUCUUGGACGUAAUCUAUUAUAUCAUGAUCUUAAAUCACAAAAUUAUGGCCGUCAUUCACCACGUGAUAAUAAUAAUUAUGGCCGUAUUUAUCAACAUCAAUUUGCACAUGAUCCACAAUUUGUUGCACCAGAAUCAUUUUUAAUUGUAUUAGAUAUGGAUAAAGGAACAUUAGCAUUUAUGGCACAUGGUCAAUAUUUAGGUAUUGCAUUCAAUAAUGAUGGUAUUAAGGGUAAAACCUUAUAUCCAAUUGUUAGUUCUGUUUGGGGACAUUGUGAAAUUACAUUACGUUAUAUUAAUGGAUUAAAUCCUGAACCAUUACCAUUGAAAGAUAUUGCACGUCGUAUGAUACGUAAACAAUUGGGAAGACAUCGUUUACAUAUGAUUGAAACAAAAUUUGAUCUACCAUCCGUAUUGAAAGAUUAUCUACAAUAUAAAGAUCAAGUAUUUAAUCUGAAUUGGAAACCAAUGUAAAAAAAAUCGAAUCAAUUUUGUUCAAUCAUUUUCUUCCGGCCGAAUUUCAAUG